AUGCUCAACGUUAUGGAUUUCUCCUGCCCGGAUCCGCUUUACUCCAAGUACGAGGAGAGCUGCGAGAUGAAAACCGGAGACCUGCAGGGCUUGGGGCAGCCUGAGCAGCAACUUCUGGCAGAGGCCGAUUUCCUCGGAGGUGAGCUGCUGGGUGCCCCCGGCAGCGGCGGGGCAGUGGAUUACUCUCUGCUGGGCAGCCAGCCCUCGCCUUCCCUCAGCUACACCGGCAGCUUCUUCAUCAAGGCGGUCCCGGAGCACCCGCAGGACCAGGAAUCCCUCUUCAACCUGAUGUCGGGGAUCCUGGGCAUCUCCCCCUUCGCCUCCUCCGAGGGCCACCAGAGGCACCUGGAUGCUCUUUACCCGUGUCCCGAGGUGGCUCAGAGCCAGCUGGAGCUGUACCCGCCGUGCCAGCCCGAGAUGAGCGGAUCCAGCCCGUUCCCGGAGCCGGGCUUCGGAGCCUUCCCCGCGGCCGAGGGCGCUCAGCCCCUGCCGGCACAGCCCGGGCUGGGAAACAGCUCCCAGUGCUUCUUCCAGCCCAAGCUGCUGGACAGCAAGCAGGACAUCAAGCUGUCCUCCGGCUCCUCGGCCCUGGACAAGUUCAAGGCCUCCUGUGGCCAGUGGGAUCCCAUCUCCCAGCAGCACCAGGCCUUCUUCCCCUCUCCCGAGGGCUUCGCUGCCGCCGACAGCGGCCAGGGGCUGUUUCCCCCGCUGGGCUCCAAGAUGGAGAGCGUCCUGUCCGUCAGCUGCCAGUCGGAGCUCGGCAGCCUGGCAGAGGACUCCGCCUGCUUCGGAACCCAUCUGGGCUUCGGCUGCGAGCCAGAAAACUUCCCGGCCCGCGGGGACUUCGCCGACGCCAAGAUCCACAACAUCCCCGCGCCCUUAAUGCCGGACUUCGACUCCUCCCUGGCCCAGCCCGAGGUCCUGCCGGGCCUGAUGAGCUCCGCCGAGCUCCUCCAUCCUCACCCCUCUCCUUCCGUCCCCCCCACGGACUUUCUGGGCCACCCCACGUCCUCCUCGCUCCCCUCGCUGCUGCCCCCCAACCCUCCGGCCCUGGCCGAGCCCAAGAAGAAGACGCGCCGGAGCAAGUGCUCCUCCAAGUGCUUCUGCCCCAAGCCCCACGAGAAGGCGUUCGCCUGCCCGGUGGAGAACUGCAUCCGGAGCUUCGCCCGCUCCGACGAGCUCAACCGGCACCUGCGCAUCCACACGGGCCACAAACCCUUCCAGUGCCGCAUCUGCCUGCGCAACUUCAGCCGCAGCGACCACCUCACCACGCACAUCCGCACCCACACGGGCGAGAAACCCUUCUCCUGCGACACCUGCGGCCGCCGCUUCGCCCGCAGCGACGAGAAGAAGCGCCACAGCAAAGUGCACCUCAAGCAGAAAGCCCGGACCGAGGAGAAGCUCAAGGGCUUGGGGUUCUUCUCGGUGGGGCUCUCCUUCGGGCCGCUCUGA